UGCGGGUCGGCGGGAUACAUGCACAACUUCGGCGACGCGUGGACCAUGUUAGAAGCGUGGCAUGUCUCCGCCAUUGUUUCCAUGGGCAGUUGAGGAAGUUUCUCAUUGCCUUUCGUCGUGAUUUGUAUUUUAUUGAACGCUGUUCUUUUCUGACUAUUUGCGCUGCUUUGACAGGUUCCCUUGCCACUGCCGUCUGCAGUAGUUGCCUUCCAUCAAAGACACACUACAACACUCGCGGUAGAAGCCAAAGCUGCACCCGUGCCACAGACUUGUUGACAAUGAACAUGCCGGUCCGUCGUUUACUUGUCCCUGCACAUUUCAGCGUGUUCGCUGUUCUAGUGAGGGGGUGUCGUCCACAAUAAGAACAUUUUUCUCUGUUGGGCUUUCGACGCUCGGUGCGGCGCUACCAGCGAGAGUGAUGAGCACGAGACAGGAGAGGGUGUUUCGCGUACGUUGCGGAACGCAGCGUUCUGAACCUUUCUGGCUUUUCUCGAAAGGUCUGUGCGACAGGAACUAUGGCGUCCCUCUCCAGUUUCUCUCGACACGUGCUCGUGGCUGUAUUCUGAUUCGCCUUCAGUCUGGCUAGCCGCAAGGCUGACAUACCGGGGACAUUGCGCAAAGUUUUUCACCAUGACUCACUCCCGUCUGGGCACUUUGAAGCCCCCCUUUUUCCAUCCUAACAGUCUGACGUGGAUGUUCAGGUUUCGGCACCUCCUGCUCAGUUUCGUUCUGGCUGUCGUCCUUGCCUUUGUUUCCCCGUCUUCUUGGGGGAGACACGGGUGGCCGUCUCGGUUUCGAAAGGCGUCGUCCAAUCUUGCUCUGCUGGCUUUCUUGUUGUUUCUUGUCUCUGGCGAGAAGGAGGGAAGGAUUCGCCUCUGUGUCUCUGGUGCGUUAUCGCAGAGUGCAUGCAAACACCCGUCCACAUUCCUAACACUCAAGAGCCUCAAGCCUCUCUUCAAACGCACGUCCUGUACUGCUCAUUGUCUUCCACUGAAUUCACUUUCUAGUGCUCACUGUCUUUCUCAUGGCUCACCUUCGUCCCGAACCCCCGCAUACGCGAAUGUGCCGUCCGUUUCUCUCUUACGAGAAUCACGGGAGAGGGUUCCCGGCUUCAGCGUCCAUCUGCAGAGCGGCAGUUUCCGUGGAGGUCAUCCGCACGGUUAUUGGUUUACCAGAAAGUGCCAGGUUACUUCCUGUAGUAGAAUACAGGCACAACGGAGCUCAAGGUUCUCAGCCAUAGCGCACGGGAGCUCUCCUAGCAGCACCCUUCCCAGUUCUCCACGAUGCUCAAGCGCUUCACCUACCACCUCGCAAUCGCUUCCAGCCUCCUUAGGCUCCACCCUGGACCUGCGUAGGCAGGGUGUGGCUGUAACGGCUGGCCCUGUAUCAUGUGAACGGACGGAGCUCGAAAGUACCGAAGAGUGCCAUAAUCCGUCUGACGACUUUGUCGGUCUCCACGGAAUCAUAGCCUGUGGCGGCGUCGGGUCACGGUUCGGAGCAGACAUUCCGAAACAGUUUGUGUCACUCUUCCAAGGCCAAACAGCUGCUCAGAUUUCCUUUCAAAAGCUCCGGAGGCACCUGAUGCGAUACGGGGCAAGCUCGUCAGCGGGAACCGAACGAAGACAGAGUCGACGAGAGACAGAGGAGAGGGACGAGGUAGUCCCCAGGCCGAAGAAGAGAGCACAGAGCUUCUUGGUGGCGGUUGUCGAUCGGGAGAGACGUACGGCAGUGAUCAAGAGGCCUGCUGACGACGACGAAGAGCGCGAGCUCUACGAGGUGCCCUGUAGCCAAACUGCUGAAACCUGCACAGUCAACGAGCAGUGCAUCGACGACUUCCAUGACCAUGACAAAGUUCAAGGAAACACCUCCAGAGGAGGGAGCAAUUUGCAAAGGAGGAGACAAGUGGACAUUCUGUUUGCGCCUGUUGGCUCUGAGAGGUGUGAGUCGGUAUGGCAUGGGGUGAAGUGUCUCUGCUACUCCCUGCUCGCAACGGAGACAAUGCGAAAACCCCGAGAGAAUUCAACGCCACAGAGAAAGGCAGAUACCAACCCAAGUCCACAGCCAGGAAAGCUUGACGAGGAAAGAUGCACGUAUGGCCAAUCGACAGCCAGGCCCCGGUCGCUUUGUCGGGCUCUUACAAGUCUGAGGCGCUCCGUAGUGUCGGUGAUCCGGUCGAUUCUCCACUACGUCAGCCAGGGCAACAGCUACGUUGCUUCAAAUAAAAGACAGACCACGUGCAGCGGUGCAAGUCAGAACGAAGAUGGGCAACAGAGCGGACAAGUGGAAGAAACCAUCCAGGUGGCGGCUGCCCAGGCGGACGAGGCGCGGCAUUUGCUUCGUCGCCUUGCGGCACUAAACUGCGACAAGGAUCUCGUCAUGAUUCAUGACGCGGCAAGGCCAUGCGUAAGAGAGGAGGACCUUGAGAAUGUGACCGCAGACGCUGAGAGGUUUGGCGCGGCUCUUCUCGCGGUCCCGGCUGUUUCAUCAGUCAAACUAGCCACCGCAGACCGGCGUGACUGUCCACCCCCCACUUCCUCGUGCUUCGUAAACGAGGCAAAUGCCACUCGGCGAAAAGAUCAAACGAGAGCAAAUCGAGCCAUUCCCACUGACCAUGAACACGUCUUUGUCCAGCGAACGGUUCCACGUCAUCUGCUGUGGGAAGCUCAGACACCACAGGUAGUCCGACUGGACCUUUUGCUGCGGGGAUAUUGCGCCUUUUGGACGCAACUGGCGACGAAAAGUCACAGAAAGCAGAAGGAGCUGCAGAAUGCAAUGCGAUAUCAGUCGCAUGCGACUGCCAAUUGCACGCACCAUGAGGCUACCAAUGACGAACAAAUCGGGGUAGAAUCGAGAUUGCCGAGCCGUGUCAAUGUCACGCAGGAGUCGCCAGCUGAAAUGCCUACUGUCACAGACGAUACAGGGUUGCUCGAAUAUCUGUGGAGCGACGGAAAAGCAGUCGACAUUCAUCCAGAGAGUGACUGUUCCAGUAACUACGCCCGCUCUAGUUUCGCGGCAGGACACACAAGAGGCCAGGAGGUAGUGAAAGUUAAAGUGCGAAGGGGUGAUUCGACUAACAUAAAGAUUACGUUCCCCUCCGACUACACCCUUGCACAGUUGAUCCUUCAAGAACAAAACCGGGAAAGGCCUGUGCAGAGCAAAUAGUGUCAUUUGUUGGUUUGAAUUAGACACAGUCGGGCCAGUGAUUAAACUGUUUUGUCUGCGGAGGUACCCUCAACAGUCUUGCACUCUGGGUAAAAGGUUAUGAAAAAUUGCAUUGCGGUCGGGAAUUGUCGCAUCUGAAACCAAGUGGAUGUGUGUAUAGCAGUUUGUGUGCACGAACGUGUGUUGAGGCGCUUAGCAGUCUGUAAUCACUCCUCGAAUCGCUAGUCAAGCUGGCGACAGAAACCUUGCUUGGCAGACAUGCUGGCCUUCACCAAGCAACACAGCAGUCUUACGUGCUCUCUCCCGCAGCAAGCGUAGAAAUGCCUAGCUGGCAGGGUAGCAGCAAAAGCGAGUACCAACAGAUGUACAUAGACUGCGUAACAAUGCAUCAAGUUAAGCCAGAUGCAUACCAGAACCCAGCAACACAAAAUUCACUAAAUUGACCCGAACACCGAAUUGCGAACUUUCUUCUGGAUGACAAACGUCAUAUCAGCACUACGGGUACUUAAGUGCAAGCUUGGAAACGACAAUUAGCUCAUGCUCUCAACGAUCUAGAAUGGAAUGGUUUCAGGUGAAGCGCUCCCGUUUUCUGGUAUUGCCAGUAACGAGAACGUGUUUGCUACAUAUCAAUAUUUCUAAAAUGUCGCCGCGCCGUGUCAUGCGCGUCUACAACGAAUACCUCCCAGAUGACCUGUUUUGCCGUCUAUGGCAACGCCGUGCGUUUGCAUGUACGGUUUAUGCAGACAGAUGAUGCUUCACGGGCACUAAAUGUCCAAAUCUACGGAUGUCACGUGUCACAGCGCGACAGGGAUUGACAACUAAUCCACUAUGUCCGUCUCUGUAGUCACAAGCAAGGGUAUACAGGUCGCCGCUUCCACCUGCAUUGAAAAGUUCACUUUCCUGUUUCAGCAAACACACACUCCACGUCAAAACACAAGAGAAAGGAAUUGAAGUCAUCACCUGUUAUGUCUGGACUGCAUAAUGACGCUGUGUAAAUAUCGUUCGCAAUGGGAUUGUACACAAUAUGCUAGCAGAACCGGUCAUCACGGUUAAUCAGAGUGUACUAUAUGAACCCAGGGGCAUGCAGCGGCCAGUCUACAGUUUCUUCAUUCAAGGUUUGCAUACCGCGAGGUAUACGCAACACGAACACGCACGCUGACACAGCAAUAUCAACGCCUUCAAUAUCGCCGAUAAUGUAGACUAAGUAAAGAUGCACGAGUUUUAACGCACACAUUUAAACGUAACGCUUCAGCAAAAGAUCGACACGAUGACCGCUUUCUUCGGGAGAGGCGGUAAAUCCAUAAUGGGAUGUUGUCAGAUAAUCGCCCCGGCGAAUCCUAUUCGCCGAAGUGGACUGCCACCCGACGUUUAGCCACGCCGACACAGUCACCGGUCCUCGAUACUCCACCGGUAAAGAAAUUUUAUACUCCAUCGCGUGAUUAGCAUUAUACGUGUUGGUGAUUGGCUGCUGGACGGACACGAGCACAGUUGCUUCAGCAUCAGCCCGAGUGGUGUCAGACAACUGAAUAGUCAAAAAAGAGUCCUCAGGCAGCGAGUCUAGAGGCGGGAGCAAAUCGAUCCUCCCGCUCACAGACGCGGCACCAAGCACGGGCGAGAGACACGUCGCCGUGAACACGGAGACUGCCAAAAAGAGCAGAGCAUAUGCAUAAGCCUUCAUUUUCGCUUUCUUACAACAGCCUUUAUAAUGGGUUCACACAUCCACUUCUUCAAGCUGAAAGAGACAAAUGGGACCUAAAAAUGCCUCCGAACCAAUCCACGGGCAGCAGCUUUUCAAUGUAGUUCGAACAGCUCGUGACGCGUCUCCGUUGAGCGAUCCUGAACAAGCACAAGCUAAACUUUUCAGUGCAAUGAACUGACACAAAAAGGUGGCAACUAUUCUGCAGUUUCGCACGACAAAGGUGUUUCAAAAGUCG